AUGAAAGACAAAAGUCUAUUGAAGGAUGAGGAGGGCCUCACUAAUGAGGAGCAUAUCCUUACCUCAUCAUGCUCUCCACCUAGGCCGUGUGAUCAACGAUAUCGCCUUCAUGGCAAGAGUCCCCUUGUGAUGAGAAUUCUGAGGAUGAGUGUUCAUCCAGUGUCUCACCUAGACAUUUUCUUUUACCUUUCCUGUUCUAGUAGUGUUCAGAAAAGGAAUCCGAAUUCACCCUUUGAUCCAGCUAGAAUCACCGAUUUGCUCAGCAAGAGAGCUUCAGAUGCUACCUCUAGGGUGGUUGAGCAAAAAGUCGGAAGACUCAAAGAGGAUGAGAAUGAUGAUGCAGAAGCCAUCCAGAUCUUCUAUCACUGCAUGGGUGUCAGUCGCAUCGAGGAGAAUGCUUUGGAUGCCUAUAUAAGGGCCCUAGAGUAUCGGCCUCUGUUUAUGGAGAUUCGACUGAAUGCAACAGUAUAG